CAUAGAAAGAGAAGUAGGGUCUGAUAUUUGGCGGCCGUCGCUUAUAAAGUUGUAAUUCUGAUUUGUGUCGUUUGAAAGCUUUGAAGCUUGUUGUUAGCAGCUCCAAUGGAGAUCGUCUGUCCAGUUGACGCACAGUUCGCCGACGUAAUUUAUGCUCUUCUCUGUCCACCUGCACCUCUCCAAGCUCAGGGGUAUUUCGACCAGCUUAUAUCCAAGAGGCAAACCCGUGGUAUCAAAGUCGAACAAAAUGGAGACUUUGGCAAAGGCGUGUUUGCGGAUAAGGAAUUCAAAGAAGGGGAGCUUAUAUUGAAGGACCAAAUGCUUGUGGGCGCUCAACAUAUCGCAAACAAGAUGGAUUGUUUAGUAUGUAGCUUCUGCUUUCGUUUCAUUGGCUCAAUUGAACUUCAAAUUGGGAGAAAACUUUAUCUGCAACAAUUGGGAGUUUCAGUGAAUCACGAUGAAUGCGACAUGGAAGUGGAAGAGGAAGACAAUUUCGCAGAUGGAGGAGAAGAGGAUGACUCAUCUAUGGAGAAUGGUGAGGACUCUGGUGCUUGCGCUUCAACAAGCAGUCAUAGAAACAAAGUUGAGCUUCCAAGAGGGCUUGUGGAGUCUCUCAUAAAUGGUGAAUUGAAAUUGCCUCUUACCGAAAACUUCUCUUUGCCUCCAGCAAUUCCUUGUGCUGGGGGUUGCGGGGAAGCUUAUUAUUGCAGCAAAUUGUGUGCACAAUCUGAUUGGGAAACUUGUCAUUCCUUGCUUUGCACCGGUGAGAAGUCGGAAUCAGUAUCAAGUGAGGCACUUGGGGAAUUUAUACAGCAUGCUAAUGAAACAAAUGAUGUAUUCCUGCUUGCUGCGAAGGCAAUUGCGUCUACUAUAUUAAGAAAUAGGAAGUUGAAAGCAACUUGUCUUGAAGAACGAGGGAAACUCAAAAAUGUUUUAGGCCGUACAGUUUCCUCUGCACUCUUUGAGGCGUGGAAGCCGUUAUCGAUGGCACACAAGAGAAGGUGGUGGGACUGCAUCGCAUUGCCAUUUGAUGUUGAAUCUUCUGAUGAAGAAGCAUUUAGAGCACAAAUAAGAAGCCUUGCAUUCUCGUCACUUCAGCUACUAAGGGCAGCCAUUUUUGACAAUGAAUGUGAACCAUUAUUCUCUCUCGAAAUAUAUGGCCACAUAAUUGGCAUGUUUGAGUUGAAUAAUCUUGAUUUGGUCGUAGCAUCUCCAGUGGAGGAUUAUUUCUUAUACAUUGAUGACCUUCCAUCUCCUGAAAAGAAUAAAGCUGAAGAAAUUACAAGACCAAUUUUGGAAGCUCUUGGUGAUGACUAUUCAGUUUGUUGCCAGGGCACGGCAUUCUUCCCCUUGCAAAGUUGUAUGAAUCAUUCUUGUUGUCCAAACGCAAAAGCAUUUAAAAGAGAGGAGGACAAAGAUGGUCAAGCAACGAUAAUUGCACUUAAACCUAUUCACAAGGGAGAAGAGGUUACCAUUUCAUACGUAGACGAGGAGCUUUCAUUUGAGGAGAGACAGGCAUUACUUGCAGAUUAUGGCUUUCGUUGCAGAUGCCUGAAAUGUUUGAAAGAAGAGUCAUAAGAUAGCUAUCCAAUAAAGCACUACUUAAAACAUACUUGAAAGAGGCUAUAGAACAAAAAUCGAGGCAUACAAGUUAAAGAGUAAGCUCACUUUGCACAAAUUCAAGCGUGAAAGAGUUAAAAAAUGAAGAGUAAGCGCCUUAAGAGAGAAUCAAGUGCAAAUUUUUGAACAGUCUGUAACUGCUAAUCACACAUUGAGUUUUCGUUUCAAAAGUUGUGACUUCUUGGUGAGCAAAAUGGUAGGCAUGACUGGCUUUUGUUUUUCUUCUUGUAAUGGAGCUUGUUUUGUGCUUUGAGAGGAUCAGUUGUAAGAGGGAAGAUGAUUGUUAAUGACUCGAAAAACAACUAUAUUUUACUGUC